UUUCUUUCAUCAGGUAAUUAUUGUUUGGACUAAACUUUCAAAGAGAAAUGAGUGUAUCUCCAAGAUUUGUUGGCUGGAUCAACCAGAACCUACAACAACAGCCUGUUAAGGAUGAGUCCAAGAGAUCUGAGAAUGUUGACUCUAAUUCAGUGUCAGAGAAAGAUACUAAUAAACGGGAAUUUUAUUACGACAAAGCUGAGGCUAAGAAGCAAGGAAAACUUUGGAGAGCUGCAGAGAAGAAGAAACCAUGGUAUGAUGCUCCUGCUAAAGUGAAGGUGACAACAAAGAAGGGUCUUUGCCACAUGCACAUAGAAUUGACAGUAGGAUUGCCUCCUGAAGGAGUCUACGAUUUGUUGGCUAAUCCAAACGACUUUCCGUUCUUCAGGAUUGAUAAUGAGACUGGGCGCGAACUUUUGGAAAACAAAUCAAGAAAGGUUUUGAUGAAGGAUGGACCGAGGCAGAUCGCGCGGUUGGAGAAAGCUGUGACCUGGGACUUUCUUUGGUGGUGUGGAGCUUUUCCGUUUACUCUAAUUGUUGAUGAAAACCAAAAAGAUUUUAGAGCAAAAUAUAAGAAAAAGAAAAUGAUGUUCAUGAAAGUUUUUGAGGGAUUUGGUGGCUGGAUCAAUCAAAACAGUCAACAACCUCCUAAGGCUGAGUCAAAGAGAUCUGAGAAUGUUGAAUCUAAUUCAGAGCCACCGUUAGAAUUUAAAUAUUAUGAUAAAGAUGAAGUGGAUAAGCAAGUACAACUUUGGAUAGAGGAAGACAAAAAGUAUCCAUGGAAAGAUGCUCCUCCUAAGGUGAAGGUGACAAGAAAAAAAGGUCUUUACCAUAUGCACAUAGAAUUGACGAAAGGAAGAAUUCCUGAAUCAGUCUACUUAUUAUUCGCUAAUCCACUCAACAACCAAUACUUCCAAGACUUCGAUGGGCACAACUUUCUGGAAAACAAAUCAAGAAAACUUUUGAAGAAGGAUGGACCGAGGCGGAUUGCGGAGGUAGAGAAAGUUGUAUCCUGGAAAUUCCUUUGGUUUUCUGGAGCUCUCCCAAUAAGUCUAAUUGUCGAAGACAACCAAAAAUAUCUUACGGGAAAUUAUAAGAAAAAGAACGUGAAGUUCAUGAAAGUCUUCGAAGGUAGCUGGAAAGUGGAGCCUCUUUUCAUAGAUUCAGAACGCUUGUGCAAGCAAAUUAAGCCGAAGAGUCGCGAAGAGUACAAUAAAUGUAGUGGGGGACGAGGAAGGAUUGCAUCAAAGGUGACAAUGGAGCAAAUCUUUCAGCCUUCUUUUCCUCUUAAUCUUCCUCCCUUUUCUUGGAUCAUCCGUGGGAUCACCAUCAAAACCACCAAGAAUCUACUCGAUGUAAGCAUCAUUUGUAGACUACAUUUUCAGAGAGAAAUGGGUAUAUUGACUGGUUUGAUCAAUCAGAACACACAACAGCCUCCAGAGGUCGAGUCCAAGAAAUCUGGGAAUGUUAAACGUAAGUCAGUGUCAGAGACUUAUCCUGAGGACAGAGAAGAAUUAAAGAAGCAAUUAAAACUUUGGAGAGCUUCAGAGAAGGAUUCUGCAUGGUAUGAUUAUCCUCCUAAGGUGAAGGUGACAAAGGAAAAGGGGCUUUACCAUUUGAACAUAAAAUUUACAAUAGGGUUGCCUCCUGAAGCAGUCUUCGAUAUACUCACUAGUUAUGAGAACCCAUCAUACUUCACAAUGAUGAAAAAGGGGAAGCCCCAAACUCUGGAACACGUAUCAAGUAAGGUUUUUAGCGAUCUUGGACCGACAGAGAAGCACGUGAGAGUGGAAAAAGCUGCUCCCUGGAGGUUCCUUUGGUGGUCUGGAUCUAUCCCGGUACAUCUAACUUUCAAUGAGAGUCGAAAAGAUUUCAGCGCAUUAUAUAUGAUUCCAAAAAAGAACGUGAUGUUCAUGAAAAAGUUCUAUGGUAAGUGGCAAAUAGAGCCAUGGUACGUAGAUAACAUGCGCUUUUGCAAGCCUAGGCUCCCAAAGAAUCGAGAAGAAUAUAGACAAUGUACCGGUGGAAAAGGAUUGAUUGGCUCGAGAGUGACAUUGGAACAGUCUUUUCAGCCUUCUUCUUAUCUUAACCUGCCACCGAUUUCUUGGUACAUCCGUAGGGCCACAGUCAAGACCACUAAGGAACUAGUCGAAGAUCUUCAAAUUCAGGCCGCCGUUAUCAGAAGCAAAGAAAUGAGUGUAUUUCCUGGAUUUGGUGGCUGGAUCAAUCAGAACAUUCAACAGUCUCCUAAGGCUGAGUCCAGGAGAUCUGAGAAUGUUAAAUCUAAUUCAGUGUCAGAGAAAGAUACUAAUAAUCAGGAAGGACUAAAUUAUGAAGAAGAGGAGAUGAAGAGACAACAUGAACUUUGGAAAGCUGCGGAGAAGAAGCAUCCAUGGUAUGAUGCACCUCCUAAGGUGAAGGUUACAACAAAAAAGGGUCUUUGUCAUAUGAAGAUAGAAUUGACAUUGGGCUUGACUCCUGAUGGAGUCUACGAACUUUUUACUAAUCCAAGUAACGGCUCACUCUUCUUCGAUAUGGACAUGAAUGGCCGCCCACUUCUGGCAACCAAAUCAAGAAAGGUUUUGAAGAAGGAUGGACAGAGGCAGAUCGUGAGAUUGAAGAAAGCUGUGGCCUGGGACUUUCUUUGGUGGUCUGGAGAUUUUCCGAUACAUCUAAUUGUCGAUGUAAACAAAAAAGAUCUUACAGCAAAAUAUAAGAAAGAGAAAAUGAUGUUCAUGAAAGUUUUCGAAGGUAACUGGAAGAUAGAGCCACUAUACGUAGAUUCAGUCCGCUUGUGCAAGCACAAGGAGCCUAAGAGUCUACAAGAAUACAAAACAUGUAGUGGCGGACAAGGAAGGGUUGCAUCGAAAGUAACAAUGGACCAAUAUUUUCAGCCAUAUCUUCCUUUUAAUCUGCCACCAAUUUCUUGGUUCAUUCGUGAUAUCACCAUCAGGACCACCAUAACUCUGCUCAAAAUGCUUCAACAUGCGAGUGUUGUUCUACGAGAAAACAAAAUGAGUGCAAUUCCUAGAUUUAGUGGAUCGAUCAAUCCUCAUGUUGAAGAGCCUCAUGAGGUCGAGUCCAAGAACCCCGCCUCUAAUUCUGUGUGGGCGGUAGAUCCUAGAUAUUAUGACUUAGCUGAGGUUAAGAAGGAAUCAAAACUUUGGAGAGCUGCAGAGAAGAAAAAACCGUGGUAUGAUGCUCCUGCAAAGGUGAAGGUGACAACAAAAAAGGGUCUUUGCCAUUUGAACAUAGAAUUCAAAUUGGGAUUGCCUCCCGAAGCAGUCUACGAGAUGUUCACUAAUCCAAACAACUUUCCUUUCUUCAAAGAGGACAAGGAAGGGCGCCAACGUUUGGAAAACAAAUCAACAAAGGUUUUGAAGAAGGAUGGACCGAGGCAGACCACAAAGGUGGAAAAAGCUUUGUCCUGGAACUUUCUUGGGUGUUCUGGAGAUAUCCCAAUACAUCUUAUAAUCCACGAAAACCAUAAGAAUCUAACAGCAAAAUAUACGACAAAGAAAUUGAUGUUAAUGAAAGUGUUCGAGGGUAGCUGGAAAGUUGAGCCAGACUACGUAGAUCAGGAACGCUUGUGCAAGCCAAGGUUGCCAAAAAGUCGAAAAGAAUACAAAAUAUGUAGCGGUGGACAAGGAAAAGUUGGGUCGAAAGUUACAAUGGAGCAGAUUUUCCAGCCUUCUUCUCUUCUUAAUCUACCACCGGUUUCUUGGAUCAUUCGUGGGAUCACCAUCAGAACCACCAAGAUUCUGCUUGAAGAUCUUAGAAAAGCGGAGUCAGAGAAAGAUAGUAAUAAUCAAAAACUACAUUAUGACAAAGAGGAGAUGAAGAAACAAGCUCAACUUUGGAUAGAUGCAGAGAAGAAGCAGCCAUGGUAUGAUGCCCCUCCUAAGGUUAAGGUGACAACAAAAAAGGGACUAUGCCAUAUGCACAUAGAACUGACAUUGGGCUGGUAUCCUGAUGGAGUCUUCGAACUUUUCACUAAUCCAAAUGAUGGCCCACUGUUCUUCGAUAUGAACAAGCAUGGGCGUCAACUUCUGGAAUACAAAUCAAGAAAGGUUUUGAAGAAAGAUGGACGGAAGCAGAUCGUGAAGGUGGAGCAACCUGUGGCAUGGGACUUCCUUUGGUGGUCUGGAGCUAUCCCGAUAGAACUCAUUGUGGAAGAAAACCAAACAGAUCUUACAGCGAAAUAUAAAAAAGAGAAAAUGAUUGUCAUGAAAGUAUUCGAAGGAUUGACUUCUGGAAUACGAUUCCAGAAGCUUCUUUCUUAUACGUCAAGAACUCACGAGAUUGGAGUUGUGCACUUCUUUGUUACACGAGAAAUGAGUGUAUUUCCUGGAUUUGGUGGCUGGAUCAAUCAGAACUUUCAAGAGCGUCCUGAGGCUGAAACUGGGAGAUCCGAGGAUGUUAAAUCUAAUUCAGUGUCAGAGAAAGAUACUAAUCUAAAACCAUGGUAUGAUGAACCUGGUAAGACGGCAGCUAUGGAACCUGGGGAUGUUAGAUCUAAGUCAUUGCAUGCGGUAGAUACUAAAUAUUUCGACGUAAAUGAUAUGAAAAGGCAAUCAGAACUUUGGCAUGGAGAGAAGAAGAAGCAUCCGUGGUAUCCUGUUCCUGCUAAGGUGGAGGUGAAAACAAAAAAUGGUCUUUGCCAUAUGAACAUAGAAUUCACAAUUGGAGUAAUUCCUCCAGCAGUCUAUGAGAUGCUCACUAAUCCAAGAAACAUAUCAUUCUUCAGUAAGGACGAACGUUCGCGACAACGUCUGGAAAACAAAUCAACAAAGGUUUUGAAGAAAGAUGGACCGAGGCAGAUCACGGAUGUGAGAAAAGCUCUGAGAUGGAAGUUCCUUAUGUGGUCUGGAGCUAUCCCUAUUCAUCUAAUUAUCGAUGAAAAUCAUCAAAAUCUUACAGCAGAGUCUAGGAGAUCUGAGAAUGUCAAAUCUAAUUCAGAGUCAGAGAAAGAGACUAAUCUAAAACCAUGGUAUGAUGAACCUGGUAAGAGCGAGUCCAUGGAACCUGGGGAGGUUAGAUCAAAGAACCUGUAUGCGGUGGAUCCUAAAUAUUAUGACGUAUACGAGUUGAAGAGGCAAGCAGGACUUUGGCUAGGUACAGAGAAGAAGAAUCCAUGGUAUGAUGCUCCUGCAAAGGUGAAGGUGAAAACCAAAAAUGGUAUUUGUCAUAUGAACAUAAAAUUCACAUUGGGAGAGCCUCCUCAAGGAGUCUAUGAGAUGCUCACUAAUCCAAGAAACAUAACAUACUUCAAUUUCGACAAGCGUUGGCGACAACGUCUGGAAAACAAAUCAACAAAGGUUUUGAAGAAGGCUGGACCGAGGCAGAUCACGGAUGUGAGGAAAGCUCUGAGAUGGAAGUUCCUUUUGUGGUCUGGAACUAUCCCCAUUCAUCUAAUUAUCGAUGAGAACCAUCAAAAUCUUACAGCAAAAUUUACGAAAAAGAAAAAUAAAAUGAAGUACAUGAAAAUGUUCGAGGGUAGCUGGAAAAUAGAGCCACUAUACGUAGAUUCAGAACGCUUGUGCAAGCACAAUGAGCCGAAGAAUCCGGAAGAAUACAAAAGAUGUAGCGGUGGACAAGGAAGGAUUGCAUCGAAGGUGGCAAUGGAGAUAAUCUUUCAGCCUUCUUCUCUUCUUAAUGUGCCACCGGUUUCUUUUGUCACCCGUUGGAUUACCAUCAAAGCCACCAAGAUUUUGCUCGAAGAUAUUAGACAAUUUAUUAUCGCUUGGCACAAUGGUGAAACGCCCUAAAUCCCGUUUGGACUAGUUAUAUAUAUAUAUAUUGUUGUAAUGUUACUUUAUUAUACAAUCUAUUUCCCUAACCAAGAUAUCAUUCUGUUGUUUUUUACUUAAAUGAAAGGUAAAUUUUUGU